CCCGCACCGACCGUGUCGGCCGGCCACCUCGCGGCGGGCGGUGGGCGGUGGCGUGAUAGCGGGCGGUCCCGGCGGCCGCCGCGGGGGAGGGGCGCAAAGAUGGCGGACGUGGUCGUGGGCAAAGACAAGUGCGGGGAGCAGCGGCUCGUGUCGCUGCCCCUGUCCCGCAUCCGGGUCAUCAUGAAGAGCUCCCCUGAGGUGUCCAGCAUCAACCAGGAGGCGCUGGUGCUCACGGCCAAGGCCACGGAACUCUUUGUUCAAUAUCUAGCCACCUAUUCCUACAGACAUGGCAGUGGAAAAGAAAAGAAAGCACUCACUUACAGUGAUUUAUCAAAUACUGCAGAGGAAUCGGAAACUUUUCAGUUUCUUGCAGAUAUAUUACCGAAGAAGAUUUUAGCUAGUAAAUAUCUGAAAAUGCUUAAAGAGAAGAGAGAAGAUGACGAGGAAGAGCAUGACAACGAUGACAGUGAUGAUGAUGACGCGGAAUCCUAAACCAAAAAACUGCUUUAAAAAUCAGCCUGGUGAAGACCGUUAUGGAUUAGCACCAUUGCUUUGAAGUAAGCACAACACUGUGUGACUUUAGUCUCCUCGAUUUUCAGAGACUUCAAGUACAUUGUAUUCUUUCCUGGCUGAGAUAGAGCAUCUGAGGCACCUAUACCGUAAAUAGCCAAAAGGAAAGUAACCCAGACAACAGCCUCUCUUUGACAGGUCCCUGCUGCGGUUGGAGGGUACCAAGAAAGAGUUGUCUGUACAGUCAGGCACUGCCACUCAAUCUGCUGCAGCUAUAAGCAGCAGAGGCAAAGACAGUUUUGCUUAACUUUUAAAUUUACAGAUAGAUUUUGAAGAGCUUCUAAAUAUCAUUUGUGUAAAUUCGUAUAUGUAUAUUUUGAAAUCCUUAUAAACAACUAGAUCCAGUUUUAGCUAAAUAUGUAGUUUAUGGGUAGUAUGUUACAUUUCAGUUUUUGUAUUUCAAGAAAAUUUGACUAUUUGUCCAAAUACUGCAUGUUUUUAACUGUAAAGAAAUAAAUUUUUCUUUUUUAUUAAAAGUUGUACAUAAUUUUACAGUAAAAUGCUUUAUGAAACUAGUUUUAGAACCCUCCAUUGUUUUACUGCCUUGCUUAUUACCUGAGACUUUUGUGAUAUUUAAAAAUAAGGAUUUCUAACACUUAUUCCCAGAGAAGAAUUUCAAGUCAAAUUAGCCGAUGCAAAAAGAAAUGUUACCUCUGCAUGAGCAUAUUUUUCUUAAAAAACGUUUUAAAACAUUUUGUAUGUUGAAGAUCUCUCUUUUUACUGUUCUUUUCUUUACACCCAUUGUGAUUGUUUUUACUGUCCACAAGAGGAAACCAUAAGCCCUAUUUUUUUUUCACAUACAAAUUUUUGGCUCUUGUCUUUUCAGUCUCUUUUUUAAAAAAAAUUGAAUUAUAAUUUAUAUCCAGUAAAAUCAUCCUUUAAUGUCAAGUCUGUUGGUUGUGUAAGCAUUCAAUAUACAGAACAGUUCCAGUCACC